AGAGAGAGAGAGAGGGUGAGGCAUCUGAGCAUGUACAGCUCAGUCCCUUGCAGACAGAGCACAAGUCAGUCAGGUGGAGCACAGCGGGAAUCAACCUGUCGACCAGCCAGGACCAGGAGAAGCUGCUAAAGCUGCUCAGACCAAGGUGUGUCUCCAUGGCAACACAGGUGUGUGUGUUGCUCAGCCUGUGUGUUGCUGCGUGUGUGACCUUUAACCUCGACACCACAUUCCCACUGCUAAAGACAGGAAGGGAGGGGAGUCUUUUUGGCCUGUCCGUGGCUCUGCACCAGGACCUGAGGACAGACGCUUACCAGCUUUUGGUUGGAGCUCCAAGGGACAAGGCGGAGCCAAACAUUCCAGUCAAUCAAACAGGGGGCGUGUACAGCUGCCAAAUUAGCCUUAACCAGUCAGAAUGCAGCAGGGUAAAGCUCAUCGAUCCAGACGUGGACCUGUCCCAGGACCUGAUUGAAGACAUGUGGCUGGGCGUUUCUGUAGCCAGUCAGGGCCGGCCUGGGGGCCGGGUUCUGGCAUGUGGUCAUCGCUUCAUUAAACUCUAUGGAGCCCAUAAAUUGAGGAGCAUGAUUGGUCGAUGUUAUCUCCUUGGAAAUGACCUGCAGUACAACGACAAUGAUUUUCUGAACUGGCAGAAACCAGAUGAGCAGUGCAAUUACCAGGGAGACUUUAGGGGUGAGGCCAUGUGUACCAUGGGAAUUUCCGCCUUCAUCACCCAGACUGAAAUCAUAGUCGGAUCACCUGGGAGUUUUGAAUGGCAAGGAAAUGUUCAUGUCUCCUGGAUGAAUCCAGACGAUGUCUUUGAAACUCAAAAAAGUUCUUUACCCCCAACCAAGAAGAACAGACACGUUUAUAUGGGUUACGCAGUUGUUCAGGCUCCCUGUCUUCUCUCUAAAGAUGAUGAAACCAUAGUAACAGGAGCUCCUAGAGACUGUAAGGAUGAUGCUCGUGGCUCCGUGUUCUUGGUGGUGAAACAGGCAAAGAAGCUGCACAUCAACCAAACUCUUCGCGGUGAACAGACAGGAUCAUACUUUGGCAACGCUGUGGCAACCACAGACCUCAACGGCGAUGGGUGGAGCGACCUGCUGGUGGGAGCACCGUUUUACUUCAGCCGCCAGCAGGACGUCGGUGGGGCCGUUUAUGUCUAUAUGAACUCCGGAGGAUGGUUUCUACCUCAUCCCAGUGUGGUGUUGAAGGGCUCCACUAGAUCUGGAUUUGGCAUGGCUGUAGCUGCAGCAGGAGACCUUAACCAAGAUGGCUUCCAGGACUUUGUAGUUGGAGCUCCUUUCCAUGAAUCAGGAAGUGUGAUGAUCUGGACCGGGAGCAGUAAAGGGGUCUCUGGAGAACCAACCCAGGUGAUCUGUGGCAGCAGCAUCUCUUCAGGAUUCAGGACGUUUGGCUACUCCCUGUCUGCAGGACUGGACGUUGAUGGGAACCUGUAUCCGGACCUACUGGUUGGUUCUUUGGACGACAUGGUCGCUCUGCUCAGAACCCGUCCAGUCGUCCACCUCAAUAAAACACUCAGAGUUCUUCCGGACAUCAUUGACCCAAACAUCUGCGACUUCUGUAUUCAGGUACGGGUGUGUUUCUCCUACAACUUCAGCAUUGGACAGGCAAGCGACCAAGACAACAUCACUGUCCACUACAUCGUGACUGCUGAUGUCACCAGCCUCAUAUCCCGUCUCCGUUUCUAUGAGAAUGGACAGAGUGUGUACUCCGGUUACUUGUCGAUGCCAGGAAAACGAUGUGAAACCCUGAAAGCCGGCUUUAUGGGUCAGAUCCGGGACAAAGUGCAGCCUCUGGUGUUCUCCCUAAAUGCCUCUCUGUACCAGAAGCUUCCAAAGAAGACAGAUGUUGUACAGGACUUAAAACACCUCCCUGUGCUGAGCCAGAAACCACAAUCCAUCCAAACUCAGAUUCAUAUCCAGAAGGCCUGUGGUUCUGAUAACCGUUGCCACAGUAAUCUAAAGAUGACAGCCCAGUUCACUGAUGACCACCAGAGACCUUUCCCUGUGCAGAAUGGACAUCAGGUGUUGCACUACAACGCCACUAUUGGUGAAGUACUCCUAGAGGUUAACAUUAGCAACACGCCAGCCCCAGGCCAACUUGCAGAGGAUGCUCACGUCGCUUUGUUAAACGUUACCUUCCCCCCCUCUCUUAUUUAUUCCAAAGUUCGAACCAAGGUACUGAACCUAAGAGUCUUGUCCUCCACCUUUUACCAGGGUGAUGUCACAGGGCUAGUGGGGUGCUCUGUGGAGGAAGCUGUUCUUCUGUGUGAGCUGGGGAACCCAUUUAAGAGCAACCACAAGCUACAGGUGUCAAUCACGUUUCAGUCGUCUAUCAGUUUGGACACCAGAGAGAUCCAGUCUGUGCUAAAGCUGUCAACCCUCAGCGAACAGCCUGACCUGCCUCCUGUGUUGGUGUCCAUGUUGGUGGAGUAUUCACUGCAGACGUCCCUCACAAUCAUAAAUCCACCGGGUCCCACCUUCUUCGGUGGUCAGGUCAUUGGUGAGUCCGCCAUAAAGAAGACAAAGGACAUUGGCAGUCUGCUGCUCUUAACUCUUCAGGUGCACAUUGAGGGCAAGCCGAUGGGGGGGCUGGGAAACCUGCUGGUGGAGUUCCAUUGGCCAAGCGAGGUCUCCAAUGGGAAGUGGCUACUGUACCUCACAGAGAUCCAAGUGAACGGAACCUCCCACUCUCACUGUAAUCUGCCAAACAUCAUCAACCCUCUGAAGCUCAGGCAGUCACAAGAGGGCGAGAGGAGGAGGAAGAGUCUUGAGGAGGUGAAGGAAGAGACAAAGCAGACUAAAAAGGUUUUACCAGUCCUCCAUCUGCAGGGACAGAGGAAGAAGUUCUAUUCUCUGAAUUGUGAACUUGGGGCCAACUGUGUGAAGUUUGUCUGUCCGUUGACCAACAUGAACAACACAGCAACUCUUACUGUCAGAGCCAGACUGUGGAACUCCACCAUGAUUGAGGACUAUAGUGACGCAAGGACAGUCCUAAUUCAAGGCUCCGCAUCCCUGAAAUUGCAGACUGAGAAACCAACUGUCAACAUAGUGUCUCACGCUGCAAAGAUUGAGGUCUACAUUUACCCAGAUCUGGGUCAGCAAGCGGAUGCAAGCAUCCCUGUAUGGAUCAUCGUGGUCUCUGUGCUGGCUGGAGUCUUGCUGCUGGCAUUGAUCUGCCUGCUGCUCUGGAAGUGCGGUUUCUUUGUGCAUCGGACAUCAUGGCAAACCGCGGUUCUCCACCAGCGGCGCAUUCUGGGUAGAGACAAGCAGCAGCAGUACAUGGACCCUGAUGGUUUCCUUAUCCAGGAGCAGGUUUCUUCGUGUCGAAACAAAAAGACAAACCCAAAACACUGGAUCACCUCCUGGACUGAGGAGUUUGAGAUGCUUUGAUGUCCUGAGGACAAGAAGCUUUCUCUGCUGCACCUGAUAUAACUUAAUACUCUCACACAGACAAUGCAUUUAAUCAGAUUCAGGUGUCUACCUGUAGGUUGUAAAAAACGCCUGCGUCAAGGGACUAUAAGUUUGUAUACAAUAUCAAUCCACCAACUGUCAUUACAAGCAGUGCUCCAACACUGGAAAAAAAAAAACGCAACCAGCCCAAAGUUAAAUGAUUUGAAAAGAGUCGAAUUGUAAAGCCAGAACAUUAUGAUGUAAUAAUCAAAUGCUGCCUCCAAGUACUGUAAGUACAUAAGCCUCGUUUCCUUACCAGAGUAAAAGCAGAAAACUGUCAAAUUCUAUACUAAAGAGUUUUGUGUGUAGGUCUUUUUCCUGACUUACUGUUCAGGUCAUGUGACUGGUGAACUGUUUUUCUGUAUGCUGAUGCUAUUAAAGUUUUUUAUUUCAAAUAA